UUAACUCAUUAAUAUUAAGUACCAAGCCGUAAACGUACUGGAAUUGGUAAUUUCGCACCCGGCACACCACACACGUAUAUACUGGAGUGAAACGAGAUAUUCAGACCUAGGAAUGGACAGCCGAAUGCUGAUUUGUCGCUAAAGAAUCGAAUUUAGUCGGACUGAACGCGGAGGAAUGGUUUAAAUUUGAUUGAAAACCAACGCAAACCCCUAGGCUCGGUACUCGUCCGCCUCUCGCCGUCGGUGGUGACUCACGGAGAUCGGGCCGUUGACGGAGCAUCGCUGACCGGGUGGAUAAAUAACUGAAAUCGGGAUUACAGCAUGAAGUUCAAACCGAACCAGACGCGGACGUACGACAGGGAAGGAUUCAAGAGACGAGCGGCGUGUCUCUGCUUCAGAAACGAACGGGAGGAUGAGGUGCUGUUGGUCAGCAGCAGUAGAAACCCGGAUCAGUGGAUCGUUCCUGGUGGAGGAAUGGAGCCGGAGGAGGAGCCGUGUGGAGCUGCUGUACGCGAGGUCUUCGAGGAGGCUGGAGUGAAGGGUAAAUUAGGACGUUUGCUCGGUGUGUUUGAGCAGAACCAGGACCGGAAACACCGGACGUACGUGUAUGUGCUGACGGUCACAGAGACGCUGGAUGCCUGGGAGGACUCGGUCAAUAUCGGCCGUAAGCGUGAGUGGUUUCCUGUCGACGAGGCCAUCAGGGUCCUGCAGAGCCACAAACCUGUUCACGCCGACUACCUGAGACGCCUGCGGAUCAGUCGCACAUCCACCUCCACCAACGGAAACCUGCUCCUGCCCCAAACAUCUCCCAGCACCCUCACACCGCUCUUCAGAUAGGACACACACACACAUACAGCACAACACACACACAUCAACACUCCUCUGUCUACAUGAACCACCGACACACUUCUCCUGGAGCUUUAUGACCCUCACAACACCUCAUGGCCACCUUUGGGACAAACCAAAGCGUGUGGGAUUUGUGGUGAAGAACGCCUUAAUGAUUUAUUUCAUGAUUGAAGUCGGUUUUAGUUGUUGUAACUGAAUAAUAAUAAUUGACCAGCUUUACAAACCAGUUACAUGGAAGUGCACUUCCAUUAUUCCUCCAUCACUCUCACCUGCAGAGCUCGGCAUUCUGGGAUUGUGAUGUAGGGAAUGUCAGGCUUUUAUAGCAUUUGACCUUUCUGAAUUCAGUCCAUUAGUGCUGUUGUGACCCCAGACUUCCCUUUAAGACUCAGACAACCCUUUAAAAGCCCCCUUCACUGCUGCUCCCGACCGGAUAACUGGAUUCCUGAAAGCAUCAGAGAUUCCGGUCGAUGAGAUUUCUGGGAAUUAGAUGGUGGGCGGGAGGGUCGUAACCUCGUUUUAUGCUUUGAUUAAAGAACAAACAUUUGUAGAUACACUAAAAGACUGAAGAUGACAAAUAAUGUAUGAUGGUUUUUAACUACAGUGCAAAUGUAUUAAUCUCUUCUGCUCUUAACUCUUUCUAUGAGGUCUUUCUUUAGGUGAUUGUGACAAGAACACAACUGUGAAUUUUGUCCGAGAAAAGAAAGAAAUGCUAACAGGUGAAUCUCACAGAACCAUUCAAGAACAUGCACGGGUCCUAUUUCACAAAAACAAUUAUUUUAUAUAAUUUAUGUAUACAUAUAUACUUAAAGAUAAAGCAGCCUAUUUUUAAGACCAUUAUAAUUUUUUACAACACAUUUUUUUAUAUUAUUAUUUCUAUAAUGUACAAACAAUUAUGUAUUAUUUAAAGGAUAUGGUAUUUAUACAUAAUGGUAUUUUUUUGUUUUGCUGCCCUUAAUUCAUGCUUAUUUAAUUAAUUAUUUUUUACUUUACUGUAUUUCUGUAAAAAAAAUGGAAAAGGUAUCUAAAUUAAACAAUCUAAGUUUGUCAUUUUCCUUAUUAAAAAUACUAUAUUUAUAUAUUGAUUUAUUAAAAUAAAUCAUUAAGUCAUUACAAUAGGUUUCAUUUUCUUAAUGCAAGAUUACAAUAAAAACAAAUCUCAAUGGUCAUAAAAAUAGGCUACAUUUUCCAUAUUAAAAACAAACAAUAUAUAUAUAAAUAAGAAGACGAAAUAUGAGCUGUAAAUGUUUCGUGAGAUUAACCCAAAGGAAUUUUUGGCACCAGCAAAGCCUUGAAUAUCGGUCAGAUGUAAGGAUUGGGUGCCUUCUUCCUCCGUUAAAACUCAUUGUACUGUCACUGUUUUUGUUUGAAACACUGAUGCAUGUCUGUUGAUGUCUGCUGCUCUAAAUGCUGUGAGUCUGCUGUAAUCAUGCUGAACCCAAACUCCUGUGUGUGUGUGUGUGUGUGUGUGUGUGUGUGUGUGUGUGUGUGUGUGUGUGUGUGUGUGUGUGUGUGUGUGUGUGUGUCGCGGAUGUGUUUUGAUAUGUGAAAAUGAGCAGGUCAGUGCCAGUCAUUCAUUUGGAUGGAGCGGAUGUACACAACACUUUCCUUUAGAUUACACUGAGAUGUGAAGUGUCAAAACUAAUGAACUAAAUGUAAAGUUAUUUGCCACACGAGAUGUACAGUCUAAUAUUUCAGGUUCCCAUAAUGAAUUCUGAUGCUGUGUGAGGCGUGAACUGUAAACUGCUUUGGGCCUGAGGAGUGUUUUGGUAGAUUUACAGGUUUGUGAGUCAGACUGUCUCUUACCUGAGAUGCCAAUGGCUCCACAUUUUCUGUAUGUUUACUGUAAUAUGUACAGAUGUUCAUAAUUGAUAUUUUUAUUUGUCAAUAAAGAUUGUAUCACA